AUGUCCGGGAAUUGUUUCAAGGAUACAUUGAACUUUUGGAAGAAUGCUGAUAGUAAAUCAGGAACAGUGGAUGAAGCGGAGACGACAAUAGAAGAGCCAAGAAUUGAAGUUGAUGAAAAUGACUUUCCAGGUGUCAUUAUUGAAGAUUUUAUUGAAGAGCCUCUUAAAUUUCAACGGCCUGUAAAAGUUGUUGUUUCCAAAGAGGGUUGUAUUAGUAAAUCAGGAACAGAUCCACAUUGCGGGCGUAAAUUAAGAAAUAAACCUCAAUCGCCCGAUCUUACAGCUUUCACGGACCAUUCAGACGUUCAACAAUCUUCCGAUUCGCCAAAAGAAUCAGAUUCUGAAUCAGAUAUUGAACUCAUGAAUUCGCCUGUAAAGGUGGUUUUCAAGAGAGAACUUGAACCAAACUCCACAUUUUCAAACUCUGAAGAGGAGUCUUUGGAGUAUCUUUAUCAGAACUUUCCCGACGUCCUAACACCAGAGCAUAUCAUUUUGGUGAAAACAGUAAUCAAAGAAAUGGACAAUGCAUUACAGCCAAUAAUUGAGGAGAUAUCACUCUAUGCUACUUAUUAUCUCGCUCUUAGAAAGAAAGGAUUGAACAGCACUAGGAAACAGCAGCCAGAUGCUCGAAGAGGAGGCAUUUCCAAGAAGACGGAGAAUCUCCUUCAAUUCAUCCAACAACAGUCAACAUUAUAUGCGUUUCUAUAUGGUACCUGA